CUCGUGUGUUGUCAUGUCGUCGGCUCAGCUGGCUCGCCGCGCAGAGCAGCUGACGACACACCGGCGUCGAUAUGGGGUGUCUUUGUUGGAUGCAAUGUGAGUGAUAGCUUGGAGAGCGGAGAGUGGAUUCAAAGUCACUGCGCCCGAGAUGUAAAGCACGUGGUCGCUUUGAAAACUUCCGAUCCGAGCCUCCUUAGCACGCCAACCCGACCCGCGCCGACCAUGCAAGCACGCCUGCAAGUACGGACCGCCGACGUCGUGACCGCACCAGCAUGAAUAGUUUGGGCCUCAGCAUCCUGUUUAACAUGGGUUGUACGUGCACGAAAGAAGCUGUAUGCAUCAAUGGCAAGAGAUACGUGGUCAAGAGCAGGUUGGGAGAAGGGGGAUUCAGCGUGGUCGACCUGGUUUACGACGCGACCAGCCAGCGGCAGUACGCGCUCAAGCGCAUCCCAUGCCACACGCGGGAGUCCGAGCGGGACGCGAUGCGCGAAGCCGAGCUGUACAAGUCCUUCGAUCACCCCAACCUGGUCCGAUGCGUGGACGCCGCCCUGGUUCCGUGCCACGACCUGUCCAAACCAUUCUCCAGCGAAGUCCUCAUCCUGCUGCCUUACUUCCGAAGGGGGACGCUCCAGGACGAGCUGACGAUGCGUGCGCGGUCGAGGGAGCACAUGCCUGAGGGACGGCUGCUGGAGAUCUUCACAGGCAUGUGCCACGGUGUUCAGGCGAUCCACGGUGCCACGCCCGUCGCCUUGGCGCACAGAGACCUGAAGCCUGCAAAUGUGCUGCUCAGCGACGACGAUGUGCCCGUUUGGAUGGACUUUGGCAGCAUGGGAAGAGCUCGGCUUGAUAUUGGCCGUACCAGCGAGGCCAUGGCACUGCAGGACUUAGCUACGGAGAAAUGCAGCAUGUCGUACAGGGCUCCUGAACUGUUCAACGUGGAAAGCCGUACAUCAAUAGAUGAGCGAGUCGACAUAUGGUCCCUGGGCUGCUGCCUGUAUGCCAUGUGCUUCUUCCGGUCCCCAUUUGAGGCGGCCCACGAGCGGGGCGAUAGUGUGGCCUUGGCUGUACUUAGCGGCCACGUGGACAUUCCUUCAGACAGCCCAUACUCCGGAGGGCUUCACGGACUUAUCCGCACAAUGUUGGAAGUGGACUGCUUGCAGAGGCCCUUCAUCGAGAGCGUCUUAGAGCAGGUCACAGCUCUCUCUACCACGGCAAACCACAAGGUGUGACCUACCGAAUGCACGCCAACAAAGGGAUACUUCACACGUGGGCGUGUACCCACCGUUCUUUCUGCCUGAACCAGAAUGUUGGUGAGGCGUGACUACCGGCUCCAAGAUGCCGACCCAGCGGACAGGCAGAGCUACAUUUUAUGCAAGUCGGUGUGAUUGUGCAAUGCCUGGAAUAAAAAGGCGAUAAGUGGGAGAGCAAAUGGAGCCCCACAUGAGUGCCAGAGUGAACACACUUGGGAUGCUCGGGGUGUUUUUAGCAGCAACGACUGUACCCUUGUGCCCGAUGUGAAUGCACUUCCCGCUAUUGUUGUGGUGUUUUUAUUUUUUUAGUAUUGGUGUUACAGCGUGUUGAGUUUUUUUUAUUUUGCAAAGUGUUGCUGCCUGCUUGCAUGCACACUGCAAUGCUGUGUCUCCCGUUGCGUGUCUUGUUCUCUUAGGCGAGACUGGAAUAAAGGGAGCCUUGUUGUUUUGCA